UCCUUGUAUUUUUAAUUGCAACCCAAAAUUCACACUAAUAAGAGUGAAUUCAACUCUGCAGAUUCAAUAUUGAAGCACUGUGAUGGGGUUUAGGGUUUACUUCGCCACCGUCACAACCGUUACCUCCGUCACCGCCGUCACCUCCGUCACCGGCUCUUAGCGUCGUUCGUUGCAUUUCACUGCAUUGCAAAUAUGACAUUGUCAAUGAAUCGCGAUCAGACACUAAAAUCUGGUUCCACAAAUCCCUGUUGUGACCACUGGAAGAAGAAAUACUCGAAGGUGCAAGAAUCGCGCAAUGCUCUGCGACAAGCCGUCAAGGUUCUGGAAAUCAAAAUCAACGAAAUCCAGUCCCGCAGCAGCAACGCAUGUGGGGCCAAAGUUGAAGGAGGGGAUAAAUUGGGGGAAUUUACUGCUGCUAAGGUACCCUUAGGGAGUGAAACUUCCAGCUUUGAGCCUCAGAUUGAUACUCCCACAACACAGCAGGGGUUCAGCGGCCGUGGGGAUGAGAACGGGACCUUUCAAACGGAUAGGAUAAAGGAAAUUGGUAGAUUGAAAGAGCUGCUAGAGGUGGAGAAGGGAAGGGCUGAUUCUGAGAGCAAGAAAGCUGCCGAAGCUUGCAAAUUGCUAGAAGAUGAGAAGAAUAAGGCUGCUGAAAAGGAAAAUGAAAUCGGUAGGUUGAAAGGGCUUUUAGAUGUGGAGAAGAGAAGGGCUAGUUCUGAGAGUAAGAAAGCUGCUGAAGCCUACAAUUUGGUAGGAGAAGAGAAGAAGAAGGCUGCUGAAAAGGAAAAUGAAAUCAGUCGACUGAAGAAGCUUAUAGAGGCAGAAAAGAGGAGGGAUGAUUCUGAGAGGAAUAAAGAGGCUGAAGUAUGGAAGUUACUUGGAGAAGAGAAGAAUAAGGUUUUUGAAAAGGAAAAGGAGAUUAGUAGAUUGAAGGAGCUUAUCGAGGCAGAGAAGAGAAGUGAUUCUGAGAGGAAGAAAGACAAUGAUGAACUUUGCAAGUUACUUGAAGUAGAAAAGAACAAGGUUGCUGAAAAGGAAAAGGAAAUAGGUAAAUUGAAGGAGUUUAUUGAGGCAGAGAAGAGAAGGAAUGAUUCUGAGAGGAAGAAAGUCAAUGAAGUUUGCAAGUUACUUGGGGAAGAGAAAAAUAAGGUUGCUGAAAAGGAAAAGGAGAUUAGUGGAUUGAAGGAGUUUAUCAAGGCAGAGAACAGAAGGGAUGAUUCUGAGAGGAAGAAAGACAAUGAACUUUGCAAGUUACUUGGAGAAGAAAGGAAUAAGGUUGCUGAAAAGGAAAAGGAAAUAGGUAGAUUGAAGGAGUUUAUCGAGGCAGAGAAGAGAAGGGAUGAUUCUGAGAGGAAGAAAGACAAUGAAGUUUGCAAGCUACUUGGAGAAGAGAAAAAUAAAGUUGCUGAAAAUGAAAAGGAAAUCUGUAGAUUGAAGGAGCUUGUAGAGGAGAAGAAGAGAAUGGCUGAUUCUGAUAGAAAGAAAGCUUCUGCAGCAUGCAAGUUACUAGAAGGAGAAAAGAAGAAGGCUGCUGAAAAGGGAGAGAUUGCCAGAGUUGAGGCAGAGAAGUAUAGGACUCAAAUUGGUCAAUUGGAGAAACAGGUUAAUGAAGCAAAAACGAAGUUGGUGUCUGAGAUAUCUAUGUUUAAAGAGGCAACCAAAAAGUUUGAAGCUGAUAAGAGCAAACUAUUAGCAGAAAAAAGAAAGGCUGAUUCAGCGUUGGCAAGAGCAAAUGAAAUGUUAGAGGUAGAAAAACAAAAGGUCGACAAGGAAAAAAGGCGUGCAGAUUCAGAGAUGGUUAAACUAGAGGAGCAGAAGGCACUUGCUGAGGAUAACUGGAACAAGUUCAUGAAAGAGAAAUGUCUUUCUGAUCAGAUGUCUCGGCAGUUAGAAGAGGAUAAGAAGACAAUUGAGGAUUUUAAACAGAAGAUCCUUGAACUCUCAUCCUUGGCAAAGCCUGUUGAAAUGGCUACUCACAGCAAGGUUAAAGCUGAAAGUACAAAAAUGAAGCUUUUGAAGAACAAACUAAAGCUUGAAAAGCUACGAGCAAAGCAUAUCAGGCAAAAAUAUAAGUUAGAAGCAAGUCGGUAUGACAUUUUACGGAAUGAAUUAGGACGUCUCAAGAUCAAUUUCAUUCAAUUUCUACAUCAUGUUGAUAUGCUUGAUGCAUCCUUUUCACCUGUUGCUGGAACUAAGCGUGAACAAACAAAGCAUGAGAAUAUACUAGACAUGCAGAAUUCAAAUGUCAUUAGACAAAUUGGCAAGCUAAAUUUGUCUGCGAUGCGUGGCCAAUUUGAUAAUGAGGUUUUGGAGCCUUGCUGCACAACCGUGGAUGCAAGUGAUCCAUUGAGGAAGAAUAGCACUCCACACCUCACUCCUGGUGGAAAUUGUUCCGAAUCUAUCACAGGUAUUGGUUCUAAAUUGGAGCCUCUUGUUAGAGGAUCCAACCGAACAAAGUUACAGAGUUCUGCUGUAAAUUCCAGUACAGAAUCUUUUUCUGAUGGACAGUUGAUGGGCUCACAGGAUGCAAGCAUUUUUCCAGUUACUGCCUCAGCACAAUUGACCCAGGAGAUCUUUAAUGCUAAACAAAACAUGUGCAACCCAUCUGAUAAAUCUAUUGAUGUGCACCACAAGAAGAGGAAAAGAAUGCAUGAUACAGUUGAAUAUAUUGCAAAUUUGUCAUCUGAGAAACUCUCUGAUUUUCAUGGUUUGUUAUAUAGAAAACUUGGCGAAUGCUUAGAAGGAAAAGCAGUGCUUCAUAAUCCUAAUAAUGUACAGGAAGAUAAAAAAAGGGCCCACAAGAAGAGAAAGAAAUCUCGAAGGGAAAAAGUGGACAUCAUACCUUGGGUUAACAGGGACGAGAAAAAAGCAACAGCAGAGACCAACAGUGAGGUCUAUGAUGAUGCAAAUGUCUGUAGACACACUUCCUGCCCUCCUCCACAUUCUUUAGAAAUCACUCAAGCAUGUGGGGAGAGAAUAUGUGAGGUUGCAAAUAAUUUUGAUACCUUAAUUAAUAUUGAUAAGGUGCCUGAUGAAAAUUAUAUGAAAUUAUUAGAAUUAGAAAAUGCUUUCAGUGAGGAAUGUUAUAGAAAAGCAAUGGAUUUUCCCUUGUCUCCAUCUCUUCCUGAAAUUGAAUUUCAUGAAAUAUUUGACGAGGAUACUUUGAUGAUUCCCUCUCAACAUAAAUCACUUCCAGAGAAUGUGUUGAGUUCAAGAACAGACCUGAUCAUUUCACCUUCCUCUGAUGUUGAAUUAAUUUCUAGUGCACAAAAAUAUGAUGAUUGUGGAGUUUCUUGUAAUUUACAUGUGAACACAGAAAAUUCAAGAACUGCUUUUCCGGUGGAGGAUGGAAUUGGAUCUUUAAACAAUAAGCUUCCUGAAUUUUGUGUCGUCUUUUCAAAUAUUAUGGACAAUAAUAUCAUAUCAAGGAUACUUACUGCUACAAAAAAAUGUAUAGCUCAGUGCAAUUUGUCUACUCAAACAAGCUGGGCGUUUAGUAACAUAUUAACUGCACUUAAAAUGGAAGAAAAGCUCACACAGAAGGAGAGGGUUUCGGUGCUCUUAACACUUAUGCUGUUCAAUUUUUCCAUAACGACAACAAAGACGUUUGGGAGACUCUUGGAUGGGAAAUCAUUCCAGUGCUUGCGAUCUUAUUAUGAACAUAUUUGCACAGUUAUGACCGAUGCAGAGACGAGAAUCCUGUUUGUAGAGAAUUAUUCUUUGUAUGAGCUGCUUCACCUCAUUGAAGAUUUUCUUAUAGAGGGAAAAGUUAUAGUAAACAAUAGAGUAGAUGCUGAAACUCUGUCUUCUGACUUGAGAGCCAAUGAUUUUCUGAGUUGUGUUAAUGAGGAGGUAUCAUCUGAUGCAGCUUCGAGUGAACAAUUGGUGGCAGCAAGUAUUAUAUUAUCAUCAGUAUGUGCUGCAACGGAUUAUGUUGGAUUUAUCUGUGAUGCUUCUUAUCAUAUUCUUCGAUCGAGCAAGUUGGAUUCUCUGAUGGUGUUGACUAUUCUCCAUAUUUUUUCUUAUCUGGGUGGAGAUAAGUUUUUCAACAAAAAUAAUUAUGGUUUAAUGGUGACAGUUUUGAAGUCUCUAAUUAUGUUUCUUGAGGAUGGGAGCCUAUCUGUUGCUACUGCCUGUCUUCCUUCAAUAAAUCAGCUGCAUGCUGAAUUGUGUAUGGAUGUUAAAUGCCCAUUCUUGGAAGGUGCCGAAUCCAUUGAUGCAGUUGCAAGCUUGCUGUUGGAGGAGAUAAAACGAGUACAUUCUUCAGAAUCUAGAUUCAUGUCUGCUCAAUGUGCAAUUGACAAGCCCUGUUCGGAAAAAUGCUUGAUUUCUGCACCUCAACCUGACGCCCUUAAAACUGUCGACUGUUGUUGCCUGAGUGAUGUCCUGUCACUUGUGGAACUGGUAGCAAAUAAAAUGAGCUGGCACUGGGCUGAUAUGAAACUUGUUCCUCAGCUGCUGCAUAUACUCGAUUCAUGUGUGGAUGAGAACUUCGCUAUUCGUAUAAUUGUUCUUCUAGGUCAGCUUGGAAGGAAUGGAGUUGAUGUUGGUGGAUUUGAAGACCAAGGUGUUAGAAACUUGAGAUGUUUUUUGUUUGCUUAUUUUUCUCGCUCCUAUUCCAUGAAAGCAGACCUUUUUCUUCAAUUUGCCACUGCCAGUGCUCUGUUUGGUCUUCUUCCUCUUGAUUUUGAAACCCUUUUUCAUUCCAACAUCAAUCUUUCAGCUUAUUCUAUAUCUAACACUGAAAUUUUGAGGAAGUGGUUCUCUGGGCUGAGUAAAGAUCAACAGAAAUUGCUAUUUGAUGUAUAUAACAAGUAAAAAUUUUAUCAGCAGUUUUGACAUGAAUUGAAAUUGGAUUUCCGAGCCAAUUGACAACGCACUUGGAGAAGUUUUAUGGAUGAACCGGUUAUGGAAGAUUAGAUGGCGUUGAUUCAAUAUUUUUGAGAGCCUUCAACUUGGCUUGUAUGUCGUUGUUCUGCUUGUUUCUGAAAUUUUGUACAUAUAUCUUUUGAGCUGUAAACUUGUAAAUUUCUUUUAUAGUGAAACUGGUUGACCUCUUGCAAGCAUGAAUCUUAUCACCUUGAUGAUUCUUAUAUUAAACAUCGAACGGAAUGGAUUUAUGUAGAUAAUCAAAUA